AUUGGUACGCUUAAUUUUCAGCUCAACGUCACGGCAUGCGGACCAAAGACACAGAAUCCAAAACAAAACAAAGCCACGAACCCGUAUCCAGUUCAAGGUUUCAAGCACGAAAUUUCGGACCCUCUACGAUGCUUCGACCACUGUCUCUACUUCUAUUGUUCUUGUUAAGCUCCGUUUUGAUCGUACGGGUCAACUCGCACGAAGAAUCGGGCGAGUGGAGCUGCGAGUCCGACUCGGAGAACCGAAUCGAGGCCGAGUUCCGUCCCGGCCUCAUUACCCUCGACGGCCACGCCGACGAUUGGAAGGACAUUGAUGGCUUCGCGUUCCCUCUCCUCCCCGCUCUCGACCCAGAUGAAGAUGACGAAUACAAAGGAGGAAAAAUGACCGUUAAGGCUUUGCAUGAUGGUCAUGACGUUUUCUUUAUGUUACAAGUAGAUGGGGACUAUGUGUACUCUAAAGGCAAUAGCAACAAGUGUCCUUCUAUCUCUCUUAUGUUCCAAAUUGGAGAAGGUGCCUCAUACCAUAGCAUGGGUGGGUGUACUGAAGGGAAAGACACGUGCACCAACAAGACAUGCAAAGGGCAUGAAGUUGAUAUUAUGCACUUCUCAAUUGGAAAUGCCAUUCCAGGACGGCUGUAUGGUGGCAACCCGAUAGACAACAGGGAUGGAUAUGGUGGUGACAGGUUUGGUCAUUUGGUUGAUCUUUAUGCUUGGACCCCACACUGUAGAUAUCUAGAUGGAACUGGCCCUUCAGGAAAUGAUACUAGUGCACAGAACGAAUGGAAAGGUGCAUGGUGGCACAGCAGCUUCUCUGUUCACUCCGGUUUUGUGGAGGAAGAUAGUCCAUAUGCAUCAGAUGGUCAAAAAGGCACAUAUUAUUUUGAAUUCUCUAGACCUCUGAGAACAAUGGAUCGUCUUCAACAGGAUGCUCAGUUUACACUUGGUGGAUCAAGUAAGAUGUCAGUGGCAUUCUGGUAUCCACUUGAUGGAAAACCAUGGCAUGGUUCCGGGCACUAUUCCAUCAACUGUGAUUGGGUUCCCCUGGAUAUCUCUUCUGGCAAUUUAAAAAUGUCUGUACGAGGUGGCUCCGGGAAUGUUUCCGGUGCCUUUGCCCUUCUGUUAUCAGUAGUAUCACUAUGCGUGUCUGUUUUUGUGGGGUACCGGCUUUUCAAACCCAAGCAUGCACCCUUUACACCAAUGGAGAAUCUUUAGGAUACAGUGUGUUUGGGACAGUACCCUCCAUUUAGAUUGUACUACUUAGUUAGUACUCUUUGUACUUUCACUUCCACUCACAUUUUUAAUUAAGAGGUGUAACUUUUUUACACACCUUUGUGGGUGUUAACACUUUUUAAUGUAUGAUUAAUUUAUUUAGGUCCUUAUGUUAAAUAUGAUGGCCUUUUGUUUAA